AUGCACAAAACUAUGAGUUUCGGACAGUCAGCCAACGAAGAAAAACCCGAUGUAAUGGGAAUUCUUACGCUGGCUCCCGCAAGCGUAGAAGAUAGCAAAUCUACCAAUUCUGCCAAGUCUGACUCCGAGGCUGUUAAAAAUACCCCUGCAAAUGAUUCCGUGACUUGUGUUGAUCUUGAAAACGAGACAAAAGAGCCAAUGGGUGACAUCGUUGAAGCUGAAGUCGAAGUUGUCGAAGUUGUCCAAGCUAAGCCAGAGGGUGACUUCAAAUCGGCAGCAUCUCUAUACUGCCCGAGAAAUGGACAAUCCCAUGGAACACUACUUGAUUUUGGCAUUGGCGAAUGCCCAAAGUGCGAACAAGAUUUGAUGGAGAAAAACUUUGAUCCAUACAAAUCACCCGAGUCGGAGGUAUCUUCAAUAUCGGAUGCCGCGUCCGAGAACCAGGAGAACGACGACGAUACCUCACCGACAGUCAAGUAUGCCCUGGAGUAUCUAGACGCCAGUGGGUUCCCGAUCAGUACUGUGCCUUGGUCGGGACCUUUUGAUCUCUCUAUUGCUCGGAAGGACCUUAAAGUAAAGGAGCGCAUCAUAUUUGAUGUUGUCACUGUUCUGGAAACUUCAAUAACUGUAGAUGGCUAUGAAUAUAAUGCAGAUGGGAUUCUUGGUGAUCCUAGAAUCCAGGUUGGGGUUACCUCAACCAAACUGACCAUUCACUCGAUGGCCCUUCUCAGGGCAAUCGCCAGUGUGGUAACCUACUAUCCUGGGGAGAAGUUUGAACGCGAUUUUCUCGACUUACGUGAGCCGUACCCGUUGAUCGGGCAUCAUCUCAAGGAGCUCGAGGCGUACCAAGCGACCUACCGCAACUCUGAUGUCGACCCGAUACAGGCAGGGGUGAAGAACGACAAUGCCGCCCAGCCUGUAUGUGACAAAGAGACAUUCGAUCAUCUAGGCUUGCUCUUUGAGUUCUUGAAGACCAGUAAUUAUACGACGCAUAUUAGUGAGGAGCAGGAGCGACAUACCCGCAACCUAUGUACAUUUCGAAUGCUGUGGUUGCUCUUCAAGCCUGGUCAAACGGUCUAUAUGGAGUCUGCCGGUCAGCUGUAUGCCUACGUUAUUAAAUCCAUGGAGGUGGACAAGAGGAUCAACUCGGCCACCCCUCGUCGGAUAAGUCAACCAUACAUUAUUGAAUUGUGGAAUCUUGAUUUUGACGGAGACUACGUGGCAAGAUCAGCCAGCACCGUGACGAUCGCAAACUUCGAUGGUGAACGGCAAGUCACAUCGCUCAAGAUUUUUCCAUGCGAGUUCAUUGACAGACAGGACGGCGGGAAAACCCGAAGAAACUUGGAAGAUCUUGGUGCGAAAUGGUACGAUUACCUACGGGGACAUCAGCUGUUCUAUUCUGGUGAACUAAUGGGUCCAUCCAAACGACAGUUUCACGGUCGCGUGUACGUUGAUUCUACCUCAUAUUAUUCCCAGUAUACCGACGAUGUGCCGUAUAUUUGUGAUGUUGAUGAUAUGGGAGACGAACUUGCCAAGUGCCUCUGCGAAGAGUGUCAUGGCCGAAGACCUCACCCGUUGCCUGGCUUUCGUUGGGCGGAUUAUGACCUUCUAGACCCGAACGUCAAGCUGGACCUUGAGCUUCCAGGCGCCCUAGAAGGCCCCCGACAUCGAUACCUGAUUUGCAGUAGAGUGUUGUUUGGGUUCAUUCUAAAGUCCAGGACAUGGGAGAAUUUAAACGUCGCAUAUUGCACUGAACCAAAGAUCAAUAAGAGGGCCAUCGAUAGCCUUGUUAUGCCCGAUGCCAGGAAGGAUAUGAUUAGAGCCCUUGUCCAGAAAUAUACAGAUCCGAGUGGAGAGAAAAGUACCAAGUCCUGGCGGGCUGAUUUCAUCGAGAAUAAAGGAGAAGGCCAAAUAUUUCUUCUUCACGGCAGUCCUGGUGUGGGAAAGACGUUUCCAGAAUGUAUCGCCGAAUACACCGGCCGAGCGUUGCUCUCUCUGACCUGUGGAGAUAUUGGAACUGAUGAGGUUGAAAUUGAGAAACAACUUUCCAAAUGGUUCGGGCUGGCUGAAAAAUGGGGCGCGGUCAUGCUAAUUGACGAGGCGGAUGUUUACCUCGAGAGGAGGCAAAUCACCGAUCUCAAGCGGAAUAGUAUGGUAUCGGUCUUCCUACGAUGCAUUGAGUACUACCGAGGUAUCUUGUUCCUGACGACCAAUCGGGUUGGCCAUUUCGACGAUGCCUUUAUUUCAAGAAUCCAUGUCGUUAUUCGCUAUGACAAUUUGAAAGAGGACGCUCGGAGAAGGAUUUGGGAACAGUUUUUCGACAAGCUGACCGAUGAACGAGACGAUUUUAUUAUAACUCGACGUGCCAAGUCCUAUGUCCUGGAAGACGAAGUAGUUAGCAAAAUGGAGUGGAAUGGUCGGGAAAUCCGCAAUGCUUUUCAAACUGCAGUUACGCUCGCAGAAUAUAGAUUUUCCCAGAAGCCAGACAAGUCAAGAGGCGACGGGCCUACCCUGGACCAGAAAGACUUUGAACAAGUCUGCAAUAUGAACCGGGAGUUCAAGGAGUACCUGACCAGAGUGCAUGGUGCCGAUGAAGAAUUUCGGGCAUUCCAGGCGAAAGCAAGGGUCGGCGAUGGUGUGGCUAAUAAAUUACCAUAG